AUGACAUCUUGGGACGGCUUGUUUUCUGUCUCACCUUGGGAAAAAGAAGAUGGAUUUUUGAAUCUUCGCGCUCGUUUUAAUCUCGAAAAUCUGGAGAAACCAAUGAACUUGGACAUCCCCGAAGAUUUUAGCUUUGAAUGCAAGGUUUUCCUCCAGGAACUGAGACAAGUGAUCUUGGAACUCAGAAAUUUUCCGCCUAAUCAAUCAAAUAUUGUCACAGUUAUGAGUGUUCCGGCGUCAACAGUUCGUCCAGUGCUCACCGAGAAUACAUACAUCUGUCUUCUCAAGGAAUAUCCACAUAUUCAGUUCGACGUACAUGAGAGGAUAUCGAUGUUGUGUGUUAAACGGAAUCUUAUCACAAACUUCAUCCUUAUUCAAGAUAUUCAGAGUAUCUAG